AUGGCGGGCGCUGCUGCUGCUGCUGGUGGUGGUGGCGGCGGUGAUCGUGCGGCCGCGAGGUACCCGCUCGACGCCGGGUCGUACAGGCUGCUGUGCAAGAUCGGGAGCGGGGUUAGCGCGGUGGUGUACAAGGCGGUGUGCCUGCCGCUCGGCUCGGCGGUGGUGGCCAUCAAGGCGAUCGACCUGGAGCGGACGCGCGCCAACCUCGACGAGGUGUGGCGCGAGGCCAAGGCCAUGGCGCUGCUGUCGCACCGGAACGUGCUCCGCGCGCACUGCUCCUUCACCGUCGGCAGCCACCUGUGGGUGGUCAUGCCGUUCAUGGGCGCCGGCUCGCUGCACUCCAUCCUGUCCCAUGGCUUCCCGGAUGGACUGCCGGAGCAGUGCAUCGCCGUCGUGCUCAAGGAGACGCUCCGCGCGCUCUGCUACCUCCACGAGCAGGGCCGCAUCCACCGGGACAUCAAGGCCGGGAACAUCCUCGUCGACUCCGACGGCUCCGUCAAGCUCGCCGACUUCGGCGUGUCGGCGUCCAUCUACGAGACCGCGCCGGCGACGUCGUCCGCGUUCUCCGGCCCGAUCCACGCCCCGUCGGCCGUGGUCAGCUCGUCCUGCUUCAACGACAUGGCCGGAACGCCGUACUGGAUGGCGCCGGAGGUGAUCCACUCCCACGUCGGCUACGGCAUCAAGGCCGACAUCUGGUCGUUCGGCAUCACGGCGCUGGAGCUCGCGCACGGCCGGCCGCCGCUCUCCCACCUCCCGCCGUCCAAGUCGAUGCUGAUGCGGAUCACCAGCCGCGUCCGCCUCGAGGACGCCGAGAGCUCGGCGAGGAAGAAGAAGUUCUCCAAGGCGUUCAAGGACAUGGUGUCCUCGUGCCUCUGCCAGGAGCCGGCCAAGCGGCCGUCGGCGGAGAAGCUCCUCCGCCACCCCUUCUUCAAGGGCUGCCGCUCCAGCGACUACCUCGUCCGCAACGUGCUCGCCGCCGUCCCCAGCGUCGAGGAGAGGUGCAAGGACUCCAACCAGCUCUGCGGCUGCGCUCGCGGCGCGCGCUGCCUCUCGCCGUGCCGGCACGCAAACAGCGUCGUCAAGAACCGCCGCAUCAGCGGCUGGAAUUUCAACGAGGAGAGCUUCGAGCUCGAUCCGACGGAGAAAACUGAGCCACAGCCAUUCUUCCUGUACCACGACGACGACAACGACAGGCUCGAGCACGACCAAGCUACCUCAUCCACCAGAGGCGACGGAAGCAAUAGCCCGCCGUCGCCGCCGCCGCGGCGGCAAGCUGACAACGCAGAGAAGCGGCAAGAGGGCGAAGAAGCCCUGACAGCGGCAGUGGUUCCCCACCUGGUGACCAUCUUGGAGAGCUUGGAGAUGCAGAGAACGGUGGUGAUGCAGGUGCUGGAAGGCGGCGGUGGAGGCGACGGGGACGGCGACGGCGAGACAGCGGCGGGAGAGGAGAUGCUGCUUGGGUACGUGCGGCAGCUGGAGCAGAGGGUGCAGGAGCUGAGCACGGAGGUGGAGGAGGAGAUGGCGCGGAACGCCCAGCUGCAGGAGCUGCUCCACGAGAGGGAGUGUGGCAACCACACGGAUUCUUCUCAAACAUAACCAGGGAGCCGGUGAGAUCGCCAUCCAGGCAUGCAGGUGCAGCUAGCUGGGUGAUGUGCAGGCCAGGAUUGAUCUAACAUAUUCUCAUGAUAUGCUUACUUGUAAAAUUCAUAUGCUGCUAAAUAGUUUGUACAGUUUUACACUUCCCGGAGUGAAAUGUUGGUGCUGUACCUUUGAAGAAUUAAGCAUGCGUUAAAUGCUUGUA